CGUGUUGCCGCUAAAAUGUCGAUAUUUCUAACUCUGAUCGCGGUUGUUUUUUCGCUGAUUCUGUUUGCUGCUCGGCGGCGGCUUGGAUAUUGGCAGGGGAGGGGUAUACCUCACGAUGUGCCACACCCUCUCUAUGGAAACAUAAAGGACUGGCCCAAGAAGCGACACAUUGCCCAUAUUUUUAGGGACUACUAUCUAAAGUACAAAGGCUCCGGGUACCCCUUCGCCGGGUUUUAUUUCUUCUUCACCCGAACUGCUGUAAUUACCGAUCUGGAUCUGGUCAAGAGAGUUAUGAUUAAGGAUUUCAACCACUUCGAGAAUCGAGGAAUUUUCCACAACGAAAUCGAUGAUCCGCUCUCCGGCACGUUGUUCGCCAUCGAAGGCCAGAAGUGGCGUCACCUGAGGCACAAACUCACGCCUACCUUUACGUCCGGAAAGAUGAAGCACAUGUUCCCAAUUGUCGUGAAAGUGGGGGAGGAAAUGGAGAAAGUCUUUAGGGAAAAAACAGUGACAGGACAAGGACAGGUCCUGGAAGUGGUCGACCUCGUGGCGCGCUUUACUGCCGACGUCAUUGGCACCUGUGCCUUCGGCCUGAACUGCAAUAGUUUGCAUAAUCCCAAGGCCGAGUUCGUGUCGAUAGGUAGACGAGCGAUCACCGAGCGGAGGUACGGAGGGUGGCUGGAUUUCUUCAUCUUUGGCUUCCCGAAGCUAUCCCGCCGCCUUCACCUGAAACUUAAUGUCCAAGAAGUGGAGGAUUUCUACACAGGAAUAGUGAGAGAAACCAUCAACUACAGGUUGAAAACCAAGGAGAAGAGGAACGACUUUAUGGACAGUUUGAUCGAGAUGUAUCAGAAGGAGCAGGAGGGAAAUUCGGAGGAUGGAUUGACCUUCAAUGAGUUGGCUGCCCAGGCCUUUAUAUUCUUUGUGGCUGGGUUCGAGACGAGCUCGACUACCAUGGGCUUUGCUCUCUACGAACUGGCUCAGAAUCAGGAUGUUCAGGACAAACUGCGACAGGAGAUCAACCAAGUAUUGGCCAAGCACAACAACGAGUUAACGUACGAGGGCAUCAAGGAGAUGAAGUAUUUGGAACAGGUGGUAAUGGAAACCCUUCGCAAGUACCCUGUCCUGGCACAUCUUACCAGAAAGACUGAAACAGACUUUUCCCCUGAGGACCCCAAGUACUUCAUCGCCGAGGGAACUGUGGUUGUUAUACCUGCUCUGGGAAUUCAUUACGAUCCAGAGAUCUAUCCAGAACCGGAGAAAUUUAAGCCGGAGCGUUUCACGGAAGAGGCCAUUGCCUCAAGGCCCUCGUGCACUUGGUUGCCCUUUGGCGAUGGGCCCCGCAACUGCAUUGGCCUCAGAUUCGGGCUGAUGCAAACCAGUAUUGGACUGGCCUAUUUGAUCAGGGGCUACAAGUUCAGUGUCGCCCCAGAGACCCAAAUUCCCAUGAAAGUUAUGGUGAAGAACAUUCUGAUUUCUGCUGAAAAUGGAAUACACUUAAAGGUGGAAAAGAUUUCUAAAUAAGAACGAGUUUAUUUACGAAAUACAUAACUAUCGAAGCUUGUUUUCUAAUUUAAACAAUGUUUAAAAAGCUUAAAUAAAACAUCGAGUAACAAGUAUA